AUGGACUUUUCACUCCUUUGCAUUCUCCAUGUCUUAAUGCUUCCUCGCUGGUCACAAGAAUCAGAAUCUCUACAGAGAAUAAAUCACAAGAAUUAUGAAACAGCUAUCCUGGGAAGAAACGUGACCAUCUUCUGCAACUUGACAAGUCUGGCAAAUGUUUUGCAAAUCACCUGGCAGAAAAUCCAAGACUCUUUGCCUCAUAAUAUUGGCACUUACAGCCAUAAAUAUGGAGAAAAGAUUCUCUCACCAUAUGCAAACAGGCUGCAGUGCAAGAUUCUGGAACCCAGCGCCUCUUUCAUGACCAUCCAAGGAGUAACAUUUGAAGAUGAAGCCUGCUACAAGUGUCUGUUUAACACUUUUCCACAAGGCAGUCAUGGAGGACAAACCUGCCUUAACAUUUUAACUGUAUCUGAACUAGUAACGGAACUCCAGUCUGCUCCUGGCUCUGAAGAUCUUCAUAAACUUCACUGUUCAGCCGUGGGAAAGCCUGCCCCUGGAAUCUCCAUUUACCCUUCACAAGUCAUGGUGCAGCCACCACAAGAGUACUUUGCUCAGAAUGCCAAUGCCACAGUGACUGUCACUAAAAUCUACAGCAUCUCUUUGAAAACUGCAUGGUCCCUGGGUCUCCAGAACCUGGUUGUGUCCAUGACUCACCCCGUAAGAAACGAAGAGAAGAUAGUCCAUCUGCCAGUCAAUGAAAGAGGUUCUAUGAAUCCUUGUUUAAACUGGGUGAUAGUUGCAACUGCAUUCAUCAUUUUGUUUUUUGUCUCAUGCAUCAUCAAUGUUGUCCUCUAUAUUAAUUUCCAAAAGAAAAGGUCAGAGAACUUGCCUGACCCAUCAUCAACACAGACGUCUAAUACAAUAUCAACUCCGAAGCCCACACCACCAUCAACAGAGAGUGAGAACUUAAUAAACCAACACCACCAGACAGAUAUAAUUGGAAGUAUGUAUAUUUUUAUGUCACUAGAUAUUCUUUAUGGAUCAUUUCAAAUUAAAUCAUGCAUUGGCUAGCAACAAUUA